AUUGACUAUUUGAUUAAUUAAUAGAUAUUUAGCAGUCCUAGUCUCCGCUAACCCAAGCAUGCUGGGUGCCAUUGCGCCGUAAAUUUGCACUGAGGAUGUGGGAGUUUGCUGGUUAUCAUGGCCUUACUGCACAAGUACUAUCUCCGUCAUCUGAUUUGGGGGGCAUGUUUCAGGUGCACCCCUCCCUGCAGCACCUUGCCACCAAGAAGCUUUCUUUGCAUUUAUCAUCCCAAGGCGUUUUAUGGCAAUGGGCUAAGCCUCACUGCUCCCUUGCAAAGGAGGGAAAUGGUAGUGUGCUAAUUUUACAGAGGGAGAAACAAAAGCACAGAAACAUGAUUCACCAAACUCGAGCAGAAAAUCUGUGAUAGGAGUUGAGAACUGUACCUAUAUGGCCUCAAUCCCAAUCCUGUAGUUUUAGGGUGACCAUAUUUUCUCAAAAGGAGAAUGGGAGAACUUCUGCCCUAGUGCAGGACCAACCCAAACCAACCCUGCAUAUGCGGGACUGCCCUCUGAGUUCCCUGCUACUCCCCUGCAUGGGGCCAGGUUCUUCUUCCCCUGAAGUUCUCCCUCCCCACUGGUGCCUCAAGUCCCUCACCCUGGCCUAUUGCCCACUUGCAUAGGGAACUAUUUGUCUGAGCCCUCAGCCUCCCUCCUGCCUCUGACCCCCACCUCUUUAGUUCCCUUUGACUAUGGGUGUGGAGCUGGUCCUCCAAGCCCGCCCCUUCGUCCUCUCACCUGUGAGUGAGGAUGGUCUGCUUUGUUGGCAAGAGGAGAUGGGACAAAUGCCCACUUUUGUCAAAAAAGUUGGAACGGCCAGGACAGCAAAACCAGGAAAUAUAGUCACUGUUUACAUUUUAAUCCAAAGACUGUGCUUCUUGGUUCUUCAUUUCCAUACUCAUUGCCUUUCACCACACUUAAGACCCAUAAAUAGACAAGAACAUUAGUAUUUCUUCUAUUCCAUUAUUUUACAGUUAACAUUUGCUUAUAUAUUUUUGAGGUUGAUAUAUUGUAAUAGAAAUCUACGAUUUCACUACAGCUUGAUAUUGGUCAUUAUCUGCUAAAUAAUCUACACACUUUUCUUGAUCAUAUUUUGUUUGGUUGAAAUAGGACAUCAAAGUCGGAGUUACAGAUGAAGAGGACAUCUGUUUCUUUUAUUGGCAGCCAAAAACAAAUGAGCUACAUUAGUGGUUUCAAUCCAAGUAGAGUGGGAUCAUUGAGUCGAAGAAGCUUGCUGAUGGCUUCUGAUGGCAAAACUGUAGAUAAGGGGUCUCUCAUAGGUAGCAGGCAUACCAUUCAGAUUUUUGAUGAGCAAGGGAAAGAUGUAACUCCCCAUCCACUCUAUCGUCCAGAACCAAGUGCUUCACUACACAGACAAAGCAAAAUCUUAUCUGCGCAGGAUAUCUCAGGGGCCACUGGAUCUGAUUUUCUGUCUUCCUUGUCCAUCCAUCAGACUUCUGGAGUUAAUGCCAGCUUAGUGGGUCCAUUUUCAAGGACAUAUGGAAGCAGCAGUAUUUCUAAAUCAACCAUAUCUACAACUGACUCUACUACAGAUGAAAUAGUAGAACCUGGUUCUAGACGGGACACAGCUAUUAGCUUAUCUGAAGUACAAGUGAGGCGGGAAGAAAUUAAAGAACAACUGACAAAAGAAGACAUUGAUAAGAGAGUGGAUAUUUACCUCACGGAGACAGAAACAAUGUGGCUCUUCGACAUGCCAACUGUCAUGGUGUCUGUAGAAUCUGAAGAUGCUGAAAAAGUGCAGAAAAGGAACAACGUUUAUAUAGAACUUUGUAAAAAUAGAGUUGGUAAUGAUUGCUUUGUGGAAAGGAUGAUGCAAACUCUUAAUGGAGCACCAAAGACUAAAGAAGUGCAAUGUGACAAAAUCUUCAUGGAGGAUAAAGGCAUAAUGGCCACUUCUUGGGACUUGUAUGAUUCCUUUAACGUCUUGGAAACAACACCUUCAGUAGCAGAAAGAAGUAGCAGACCAACAAGUGUGAGUAGCAGUAAAUCUAACUUGACCAAAGACCGUGAACGAACUAUGUCUACAGCUUCUGCAGGCAGAGAGAGCAUAGCCUCAAGUUCCAUAAUUGAUUUGGAAAGCGUUAUUCUUGACAAAAUCCAUGAAGAAGAGAAAGACCAUUCUGAAGCUAUAUUAAAAUCAGAAAAAUUUCAACAGGAUUUAUUUUUCAUGGAAAGAGUUCUAAUGGAGAAUGUUUUUCAGCCCAAACUUGCAGCUUAUCGGCAACUUCCUGUUCUUAUAGAGCCAGUUCUUAAAUCUGAUGCUGAAAAAGAGGAAGCGGAAAUAGAGGAAACAGAAGCAGAAGAGGAGGAGGAGGAAGAGGCUGAGGAAGAGGAGGAAGAGCAAAAGGAAAUAGUAAUUAGUCCAUCACUUCUGUUAGAUCUAAGUGAAUCACCAGAAGAAACCUUGCCGCCCAGUCUGGAACGACUGUGGUCCUAUACAUGUGAUUGGACUAAUGGGCACAAUGUGAGCAGCAUGGCUUGGAACAAGUUAAACCCAGAUCUUUUGGCUGUUGGUUACGGGCAGUUUGGUUUUACAGAACAGAAGAAAGGUUUGGCUUGCUGCUGGUCACUCAAGAACCCUAUGUGGCCAGAGCGUAUUUAUCAAUGCGAUCAUGGUGUUACUGCAUUGGAUUUCUCUCUGGUCAACCCAAACCUUUUAGCAGUUGGAAUGUACAAUGGCACAGUAGCCAUCUAUAAUGUACAGACUCGUAAUUCCACUGCAAUUUUGGACAGUAGUGAAUCUUUUGAUAAGCAUAUAGGCCCCGUAUGGCAGGUGAAGUGGAUUGAACAGGACAGGGGCACAACGGGAGAUGACAAAGGAGAGAUACUAAUCUCUAUCUCUAUGGAUGGCAGAAUAACCAAGUGGCUUCUACGCAAAGGACUAGGCUGCAUUGAUCUGAUGAAACUGAAGCGAACAGCAAGUGAAAGGAAAAAACUAAUGGGUGAAAAAGAAAAGAAAAGUGAAGCUCUGAUAUCUCGACAGGCACCUGGAAUGUGCUUUGACUUUCAUCCACGGGAUACCAAUAUAUAUCUGGCUGGAACAGAAGAAGGGUAUAUUCACAAAUGUUCUUGUUCAUAUAACGAGCAAUUCCUAGAAACCUACCGAGCACAUAAGGGUCCUGUAUACAAGAUAGCAUGGAAUCCAUUCAGUACUGACAUGUUUUUAAGCUGCUCUGCAGAUUGGAGUAUUAUUUUAUGGAGCCAAGAUUCAGUAAGGCCCAUUUUAACUUUCAGUUCCACCACUAGUGUUGUUCAUGACAUUAUGUGGUCUCCAAAAUCAGCCUUUGUAUUUGCAUCAGUGAAUGAAGACACAGUGGAAAUUUGGGACCUUAGUGUCAGCACAAACACAGACUGCAUUCUAAUAGGGGACAGUGAUGGAACCAUCAGUGUGUAUGAGCUGAGGAACAUGACUGCUUCAGAUAGUAAUAAGGUGGAUGCUUUACAUGACAUAAUUGUCUCUGCUCUAGCCAGUUAACACUAGUUUACUGAUAAUUUUUCUCAAUCAGUAAACAAAGGAAAAGACAAUAAAUAAUUAUGUCCCAUGUGUCUGUAUACCCUGAAGCCUGCCAUUUAAUUAUGCAGAAUAAAAUCACCAUAAAAUGCAAUAUUGUAUUAAAUAAAGGGUAACAAUUUUUCCAUCAUUAAAUGUAUCUGUAUUUCCAUCAUUAAAUGGAAUCAAACUAAAUGUCCUAAAUUUUCCUUUGGAAAUGCCCAUCAUUGUACACACUUUACGAAUAAAUUUACCUUCUAAUAUAUUUUUCUGUAUCAUUGCAUAAUGAAAUAAAUAAAACAGUCCUUCCUUCCCCGUGACUCAAGAGUUCUCAGGCAUCCUGUACCUAAGAAGAGGGCUGUAAACUUGAGCCAUAAUGGUAGAAAAUUAAGUUUGUAACAAAUAACUUGAAACAAAGAAUUUCUCCAAGCAUACUCUUUUCCAGCACUAAGAUUUCACCCUCUGUCUAUGAUCCAUCCCUGAUUUAUCUUCAGAGCACUAAACAUCCCAGACACCUAGUGUAAUGCGUUAACCAUGAGAAUCCCAAAAGUUCUGGCUAAAGGAUAAAGCCCAUUUAUCCAAGAGAUAGGGCUUUCUUUGGGAAUAGCCUCAGACUAUGAAACUGAAGGAACAGUCAGGAACAUCCCUCAGUUCUGCCUUUCUGACAGCAAGGGCCUGAGCCAAAACCUAGUGAAGGUAAAAGAAAGAUACGCACUAGAGUCAAUGGGCUCUUGGUUAGGCCUUAACUUACUAGAAGAAGAAACAAAUCUGGAAGAGAACUAUUUAGAUCACCAUAGUGGGAUUUGAGAUAUUGUCUCAAGUCUGCAUUAGAAGCAGUGAAUUUUUCAUCUCUUGCUCCCAACCUAGUGUUGUCUUGUCUAGGAACACAUCAUAUAGUGAGCAAGCAAUAUCUUUAUCAGAUCCCAUGCCAUCUGCAUUCAAACCACAGCUAACAAUAAAGGCACAGCUCCUUAGGCAAUUACAACUAAACUCCAUCAAGCAGCCAGUAAAAGCUACUAAGGCAGAUACAUAGUACCUCCACAAAUUGUUGCACAGUGAUGAAUGACAGGCCAGAUUUGAACAUGGAUUCCUUGUACAGAGGCACUUUAUACUCUCUGUAGACCACAUUGCUAAUUCUGUUGAAUAAUGAUACUGGAUGAAUAAUGAUAGUGGGGGUCCUUACAUGAGGACAAAUGUAUUAUCCUAGAGGAUUUGGGGAUAUAGGUGGUCCAGAAAAAUGGAUCGUGUCCCCAUGUGACCAAUAAAAAAUUAAUUCCAAGUUCUCGCCCUUUUUUGGCACAGUUAGGAGAGAGCCAUCUCUAGACACAGGAAAAACAAAGUCUUGAAAUGAAAUGCUCUGCCUAUCAAUUGACAAAUGCAGUAUCUGUUCUGACCUUAAAUGUUAUGUUGUGAGACAUAUUUUUUAAAUGUACAGAACAUUUAGUCGGUCUCAUUUGUUUUACAGCGAAUGCUCAAUGUUUAAAUACCACCAAAAUCGUACAUCGUUUAGUGACCCAUUACCAUUCAUUUCCUUUGACAUUAUACACUUUAUGACAAAACUGCUAGCCUGACUCUUGAGAAAAAACAGACUCGCCUAUGUUACUGAGAGGACAACCAUUAAGGUGAAUCAUGUGUUAAUCAUUAUUAAAAAUCUGAGCAAAAAUACAUGACUUCUUUUCGUCAGUGAAGAUAGUUGUUUACUUACCGGUAUUAAUAGUGAAAACGCCCUUUCCAUCACACCCAUAACAUGCAAUAACUCACUCUGAACAAAACAAUUAAAGUUUAAUGUCUUGGUGCUGGGAAACACCUGUGAUUAUAGGAAGUGAUAAAGAUCUACAUGACUGCUCAUGUAGUUUAUUUCUAAAUAAUGAAUUUCUGAACUUAAAGGCCCCAAACCAUAUACAUUUUCUUAAGCAUGCAUUAUUGCAAAAUAAUGCUUUAGGCACCUACAGACAUCAUAGCAAUGCUAUACCAACAAUAAUACAGCUGGACCAUUGCACAGUGUUCAAAUCUCUCUUCAUAGGUCCUAUGCAAAAUAAUAACAAAGCUUCUCAAGCUGCACUCUUUCAAAAAUUCCUUUUUUUUCAGAUGUUGCCAAAAUAAAAAGGAUGAAUACAAUAAUUGUAGCUAUUUUGUCAUUUGUUUUGAUGCAUGUGGAAAUAAUCCAUUUCCACUAUAUUUCCUACUUAAAAUGAAAUUUAAACACCAUAUGUCUACAUGGUCAGAUUUUCAAAACUAGUCAUAUACAACUGUACAUGUAUACAUGGUCACCAUCUAGUUGACUAUAUAAAGGUAGCUUGUAUGCACAAGACAAUUAGGUGCAUGGUAAGGAUGUUGAACUGCAUUUAAUCAGCUGAUUGAGUAGUCGAUGGAAUUUCCAUCAACUACCUGAUUAGUUGAUAAGGGGAGAAACUGCAGAGCUUACAGUGGGGUUAGCUCCCAACACCUAGGGCAGGCCUACACAACUCGGAAAGCGGCGAGGGCC